AUGAGCGAACCUGCGGCCACUUUGAGUAAGAAGUAAGUGGAAAAUGAUGAUUGCGACAAGAACACUGUUGAGCCGAUCGGCUUUUACAUUCUUGUCGCGAAAGUCUUCACCGGUUCUCGCAACCUAUGCAUCGCUGAGCCAGAACACUCGGUUAGUCGAUGUGUCCUCGAUGCCGAAAGAUGAACCGGGCUGAAAGUGACGAACUGUUUUCAGUGAACAAAAGAGGCUGGCUAAACAAGCCAAGAAGGAGCAAGAGCGACUAGAGAAAGAAGCUGUUAAGCAGAAUGUUCCAAUCUCUGAUGCACCAAAGGUAUCAAUCCAUUUUACCACUACUGAAACGCUCAAAUUAACUUCAGCUCGUUCGUGAAGCUGACCCGUCCGACCCUCAGGAAUAUUUCAACAUGAGAGUUCGAAUGAUCGAAGCUCGCCGCGCUGCUGGAGAGAAUCCGUUCCCGCACAAAUUCAAUGUGACAAUUUCUCUGGCUGAGUUCAUCAACAAGUAUUCGCACUUGGAGAAAGAACAGGUUGUCGACGAGAUUGUUUCGGUCGCUGGUCGCAUUCAUUCGAAGCGCGAGUCGGGCUCGAAACUCGUCUUCUACGACAUUCACGGAGAGGGAACUCAUAUUCAAAUCAUGGCCAACGCCAAGUUCCACAGCGGAGACGUCGACUUCGUGACUCUUCACGAUCGCAUCAAGCGCGGAGAUAUUGUCGGAUUCACCGGUCAGGCAACGAGAACCAAGGCCGGAGAGCUGUCGCUGAUCCCGAAGGAGGUUCUUCAGUUGACGCCUUGCCUCCACAUGCUGCCGCAUUCUCACUUCGGACUCAAGGACAAGGAAUUGAGGUAAAGAGUACUAACGAAAACAGUAGUUGAGUGAUUUUUCAGGUUCCGCAAACGCUACUUGGAUCUGAUUCUGAACCCUCGCAUCAAGGACAACUUUGUCAUCCGAAGCAAGAUCAUCACAUUCCUGCGUCGUUUCCUCGACAAUCUCGGAUUUCUUGAGGUCGAGACUCCAAUCAUGAACCAAAUCGCUGGAGGAGCCACUGCCAAGCCGUUCAUCACCCACCACAAUGACCUCGACAUGAAUCUCUUCCUCCGUAUUGCUCCGGAGCUCUAUCACAAAAUGCUCGUCGUCGGAGGAAUCGACCGUGUAUACGAAGUCGGACGUCUUUUCCGUAACGAGGGUAUCGAUCUGACCCACAACCCCGAAUUCACGACAUGCGAGUUUUACAUGGCCUACGCUGACUACGAGGAUGUGAUCCAAAUUACCGAGGAUCUCCUCAGCAGCAUGGUUCUUUCCAUCAAGGGAACCUACAAGAUCGAGUACCAUCCGAAUGGACCGAACACUGAGCCGGUCUACGAGGUCGAUUUCACUCCGCCAUUCAAGAGAGUGCACAUGUACGACGGUCUUGCGGAGAAACUCAAUGCUAAGCUUCCGGAUCCAUCCACAUUGCAUACUGAGGGUGAGAAGGCAGGAUGAUCUAUAAAUGACCAUCUCUGGUGUUUUUCAGAAGCUCGUCAAGUGUUCGAUAAGCUGUGCCGUGACAACAACGUUGACUGCUCGGAGCCUCGUACGACUGCUCGUCUUCUCGACAAGCUGGUCGGCGAAUAUCUCGAGAGCACUUUCAUUUCUCCGACUUUCCUGAUCGGACAUCCACAAAUUAUGUCUCCACUCGCCAAGUGGCACCGAACCAUUCCGGGACUCACUGAGCGAUUCGAGCUGUUUGCCGUGACUCGCGAGAUCGCCAAUGCUUACACCGAGUUGAACGAUCCUAUCACCCAGAGACAGCGCUUCGAACAACAAGCCAAGGACAAGGAUGCAGGAGACGAUGAGGCUCAGAUGAUCGAUGAAACGUUCUGCAAUGCGUUGGAGUACGGACUGCCUCCAACUGGAGGAUGGGGAAUGGGAAUUGACCGACUCUCGAUGAUUCUCACCGACAACAACAACAUCAAGGAGGUUUUGCUGUUCCCAGCCAUGAGACCGGAAGACGGAACGGAGAAGAAGACCGACGAAGAGGCACCAUCUACCUCGACUGCUUAA